UUGCACAUAUCCCGGCGUUCGCACAUAAACCACCUCCACGCGCGUACCCCCGGCCCUUAAUUACUUCUCAGAUGGAUUGGGUUGAGUCCUAGCUUGUUGGAGGGAAAUGCUAAGUUGUGGGAAACGUGUUGGCAUGAAAAAAAUGCAUACAAUUACUGUGACAAUGGAGCCAGGCCUGAAUGCAGCUGACAAAUUAUAGCUAUUGUAAUUUGAAAUGGCUGUCUUGACGAUUUCAACUAGAUAAAACUAGAAAGACGCGUCAGUCAUAAUGGUAGUCCACUGGAUCCAACCUGAGUUUGAGCACUCAUCACACAGACUGUUCGAUUCUUUUACGAGGCUCUGAGAGUCUUCCAUGCAUCACUUCUACCCUACCCAGCUCUGAUGAUUGUAGCUUCAAAGUAUCAGGAUGAAGUUCCUAAGAUGCAUAGGGCUAUUGCUGCUCUUGGUAGCAGUGGUCAAGAGUCAGGGAAAGAAAAGGACAUCUGCUAUGACUGAUGUGACCUAUGAUACAAUAGUAAAGCUCAUCGAAGGUUCUUUCAAUGUUGCAUGUGCUCAAAGAACCACCGAGGAAAAAUCCGCCAUAACGCGAUACAACAGAUACAGAGGAAGGUUCAGUUUGCAAGGUGAUCCGCCAAAGCUAUACUUAGACGAAGAAAUGGUAUUGAAAAAGUCGCAAAUACCAGACAUUGUCAUGGAAGAGUACUUCAAGGCAAAUGGAGCAGGAGCAAGGCGGAUCUACCAUAGGCUUAAGAGAAAGUUUUCCGGAAUUUCAGAAGAAGUAGUUCGAAAUAUAUUGUCUCAAUGUUCAAUGCAUCGGCGCAUGAAUGUGACAUUUACAAACAAGGCACCAUAUAUACCCAUUACAGCGAAACAUGUCAUGGAAAGAAUCCAGAUAGACCUUCUGAAAAUGAGAACAGCAGCCACGUACAAGAAAAGGACUUACAGAUACAUACUGACCGCAAUUGAUGUGUUCAGUCGCUAUACAUGGUUGAGGCCUAUGGAAACUAAAUCAAGCACCAAUGUGGCACGGCACUUGUCAAAAAUUUUUGACAUGUUUGGUACUCCGACCUACAUACAACAUGACCAGGGAACGGAAUUUAAAGGAAGAGUAAAAAUUAUGUUAAGUCGUAGAGGAAUUCAAGACCUAACGAGUGCCCCAUAUCAUCCUAAAUCACAGGGAAAGGUUGAAAGGUCUCACCGGUCAAAGAUACUUUUCGACCUUAUUUCUAGAAGAUAUGGCGUAAAUUGGGUACCUAAACUUUCCAAAUGCGCGAAGGUUCUCAAUGACGAACCUAAGGAAGUAUUGGGUUGGAACACCCCAUUCAGUGUCUUCUUUGGCCGAUGCUCCGAUUCUUCCUGCAGUAAAAACAUUACUGAAAGAAAUCUGAAAAGGCACAAAUAUAAAAUUGCUUUAACAAAUCCACGUACGAAUAACAAAACAGAGCAGUGGUUUAGUCUGGUUGACAUAACUGCUGAUACUUUGUCUUAUCCAAACCAACGCGAACGAGUCACCAUUCCAAGAAGGGAGCACGUUGAGAAGUACUAUAUAGUUAUAACUCGGGAAAGUUGCAUUGAACAGUUAUUCGAAGACUCUGGACUCACUGUACGUCUAAAUCCGAAGGGCAAUGGGAACUGCCAAUUCAGUGCUGUAUCUGAUCAGUUAGCAACUUUGGGAAUCUUUAGAUCCCAUAUUACUAUAAGACAAGAGGUUGUUCGAUUCCUGGCAAGUAACACAUAUCUUGGGAACGGAAGAGAAUGGACAGCAUUUCUUACUGAAGUGCCCGAAGAUUACCUUGCUCGUAUGUCAAGCGAUGGAAGUUACGGAGACCACCUCACCUUGCAGGCAAUUGCUGACAUAUUUCACAUCCAAAUCCUUGUCAUAAGUUCAUUAAACGGAGGAACAACAUUAAUUUCACCGGAAGUCAAUGAGGGGAAUAUUUUCACAUUAAAUAUGCCAUACAUUGUGUUGGGACAUCUGUCAGAAGGCAACGGAGAACACUACUUGUCACUUACAAGCAAUCAAGAGCAGGUACUUAGAAUAAUUCGUAACAGUGCCCAGAUUGUGUUUGAAGGAGACAUGACUCCGCAUGUCGAAGGACAGCAAUUAAUCGAUGAAGACACUGAUGGCCGAGUAAACGACGAGGUUACCGACGAAGGCUUCGACAAUGGAGUAAGAGAUGGCUUAGACGAAGGAGUAAGCGAUAGCUUGGACGAAGGAGUGAAAGAUGGCUUGGAUGGAGUAAGAGAUUGUUUACACGAAGGAGUAAGGGGUGGCCUAGACGAAGGGGAAAGAACUUGCAAUGAAGGCUUAAUCAAAGAAAUCAACGAUGGCAUAUGCACAUACGGUGAAAACAGUGUGUAG